AUGGUUGUGGAAACGAAGCUAUACGAUUCCCUAAGCAUCCCUCCAACUGCCACUCAGGAUGAGAUUAAGAAGGCCUACAAGAAAGCAGCACUGAAAUUCCACCCGGACAAAAAUAAGAACGAUCCAAGUGCUGGAGAGAAAUUUAAAGAGGUAUCCCAAGCGUAUGAAGUUCUAUCCGACCCUGAAAAACGCAAAAUCUAUGACCAAUAUGGCCUCGAAUUCCUGCUGCGUGGGGGCACCACAGAGCCUCCUCCUGGGGCUGGCGGAGCGGGAGGCAUGCCUUUCGGCGCUGGUGACAUGCCUGGUGGUUUCGCGAGCUUUGGAGGCAUGCCUGGUGGCGGCGGUGCGCGGACUUUCCACUUCUCCACAGGUGGUGGCCCCGGUGGAUUCCACUUCAGCAACCCGGAGGAUAUCUUCUCCAACUUUGCCCGAUCUGGCGGUGCGGGAAUGGAUGACGACGACCUGUUUUCGAUGCUGGGUGGUUUAGGUGGUGGUGCAAGGGGAGCUGGGGCAAGGCGUAAAGGUGGUUCAACUGGGGCACAGCGAAGGGCACCGACGCCCGAGGUCACGACAGUGGAGCGGCCAUUGCCGCUUUCGUUGGAGGAAUUGUUUACCGGGGUGCAUAAGCGGAUGAAAAUUAAGAGGAAGACUUUUGAUGAAAGGACGGGGAAGAGGAGUGUGGAGGAUAAGAUUUUGGAGUUUGAUGUCAAGCCUGGGUUGAAGGCAGGGAGUAAGAUUAAGUAUACUGGGGUGGGAGAUCAGGAGGAAGGGGGCACGCAGGACCUUCACUUUAUCAUUACUGAGAAAGACCACCCAACGUUAAAACGUGAGGGGGACGAUCUUAUCACAACCAUCGAAAUCCCCCUCAAAGAAGCUCUAACGGGAUGGAACCGCACAGUAACCACCAUCGAGGGCAAACAGCUGCGAGUCUCCGGAGCGGGUCCGACACAGCCAAACUUCGAGGAGAAGUUCCCAUCCCUCGGCAUGCCAAAAUCGAAAUUCCCCGGCCAACGCGGGGACCUGAUUGUGAAGGUCCAGAUCAAGUUCCCAACUAUACUGACUCAAGCGCAGAAAACGAAGCUGAAGGAAAUCCUAUAA